AUGCCUUUGUUUCCGUCAUGGAUGUGGAUGAUGAAUCUAGAGUUAGGAAUGUGUUUUGGGCUGACGCACGAAGUCGGGGCGGCAUAUGAGUACUUUGGAGACGUUAUCAUGUUCGAUACAACGUACCUAACAAAUAGGUACGGGAUGCCGUUUGCUCCUUUUGUUGGAGUAAACCAUCAUGGACAGUCCAAACUCUUAGGGGCAGGCUUGAUUUCAAGCGAGGACACAAGCACCUUCGUGUGGUUGUUUGAAGCAUGGUUAGAAUGCAUGAAUGGACGAGCACCCGCAGCCAUCAUAACAGACCAAGACAGGGCAAUGAAGAAUGCGAUUCAAAUUGUAUUCCCGAAUGCAAGACAUAGAUAUUGUCUCUGGCAUAUAAUGCGGAAACUGCUUGAGAAAUUGGGAUCCCACUCGGUAUAUAACGCAGGGUUGAAGACUGCAAUUCAGAGUGCAGUCUAUGAUACACAAAAUUGUGAACAAUUUGAGGAGAAGUGGGGGCAGUUAAUUCAUAAGUAUGACCUUAUUGAUAAUGCAUGGUUGCAGGGGUUGUACACCGAGAGGUCAUUUUGGGUACCAAUUUACUUGAAAGGUGUAUUCUGGGCUGGUAUGAGCACUACCCAACGAUCUGAAAGCAUGAACGCCUUCUUCGACGGAUAUGUGCAUUCCGGUACGACAUUGAAAGAAUUUGUCGAUCAAUUUGACAAUGCUUUGAAGAAGAAGGUGGAGGGGGAGACAACAGCUGAUUUCCAGUCAUGUAACCAAACAAUCCCAUGUGUAUCCCUAUUCAAAAUUGAGAGCCAGUUUCAAUCAUUGUACACAAAUGCAAAAUUUAAAGAAGUCCAAGCAGAGGUAUGGGGGAUGCUUUUAUGUAACCCUUCACUUGUGGGCACUGAAGGGUGCAUUUCCACCUUCGAUAUUUUUGAAGAAAUCUCUACACCUGAUGGACAGUCCAAAAUUGUGAAGUACAUAGUUUACUUUAAUGAAGACGAAUGUGAAAUUAAAUGCACGUGUGCCUUGUUUGAGAUGAGGGGGAUUCUCUGUACGUAUGCAUUGAAAGUCUGUCAAAUGAAGUACAUUCAUGUGCUGCCAGAUAAAUAUGUGUUGGAUAGAUGGAGGAAAGACUUAAAGAGAAGAUACACACUUGUUAAGAGUAGCUAUGAUGAUUUACGGGUCAAUGCGGAUGCACGACGAUAUGAGCUUGUCGUUAAAAGAUGUCUAAGAUUUGCGACGCGUGUAUCUCGAAAUGAUGAGCAUGUGAAUGCAUUCUUUCAUAUGUUGGAUGAGUUUGAGCAUAAGUAUAUAGGAUUAGAGCCUGAGUCCGGUUCAACAAAGUUAAAAGAGAAUGUGGUCGCCAAUAAGGAUAAGAAAAUAUUAAGCCCGAACGUUGUUCGGAGGAAAGGGAGACCGCCAACGAGAAGAAAGGUCCCGAUGGUCGAGAAGGCUACAAGGAAGAGAAAGAAGACACAGACUUACAGGAAUCUAUUUGACGACGAUUCAUAUAAUGUUGGCCUUCCGGUGUCAGAAGUUGGUGCUACUGUUGAUGAGGUUGUUAUCCAAACCUAG